AUGGAAUAUUUAGAAAGCGAAAAAAGUAGUAGUGAUGAUAGAAGAGAAGUAAAUAAUUUCGAAAAUGAUUAUAAUAAGGAUAGUAGUCGUAGUAAUAUUAAUAGUGAUCUAGAUAUUGAUAAGAAAAAACAUAGUGAUAAUGUUUAUGAAGAUUCUGAAGAAGGUAGAAAACAGAAAGAAGGAAGAAAAAAAAUUAAAGGAUUUUUCAAAUUAAAAAAAGGAGAUUCAGAAGAUGAAAACAAAGAAAAAGAAACAAAAGAUGACCAUCGUCUUAAGGACGGAGGAGAUACAUAUAAAGAAAACAUAAAUGUAUCGGAAAAAAAAAAAAAGAAAAAAAAAAAUAGUGAUACUAUUAAUUAUAAUAAAAAAUAUUUUAAUAAAAAUAAACAAAAUGGAUCUUCAUCAAACGAACAUUCGUCUUAUUCCGAUGAAAAUUUUUUCGAAGCAGCAAAAAGAAAUAAAAUAUUAAAUGAAGAAAUAUAUACAAAUAAAGAUAAUGAAGAUAUGAUGUGUGAUAUGUCCAUUUUUAAUGAUGAUAAUAAUAUGGAUGAUUCUUUAUUUAACAAAAAUGAGGAUUUUAAAAAUAUCAAAAAUAAGGAUGAUAGAUAUGAUGAAGAAGAGAUGAAGAAAUAUAAAAGGAAAGGUAAACGUUAUUCUAGUGAUAGUUAUAGAGAUGAUAAUGAUAAAGAUGAUAGUCCACAUUAUUCAUCUGAAAGGUAUUCCUCGGAAAAAUAUUCGUCUGAAAAAUAUUCCUCGGAAAAAUAUCCUUCGAGUAAUAGAAAUCAAUCAACGAACCUUUUAAAUAAUAUUAAAGAUUUUUGUAAUACAUACAUAUUAAAUAAAAACAAGGAUAGAAGUAGAGAUGCGUACGAAGAUGAAGAAAGUAGAGAAGGUGCUUAUCCAGAAAAUACCACCGAAGAUUUAAAUGAAGAUACACAAGAACGUCAUAAAAAUAAAAAAAAAGAAAUCCUUAUGAAUAUAUUAUAUAAUGAUAUAAAUAUAAACAAAAAUGAUGAAAAAGAUUUUUUUAUGGAUAGAAAUUCCAAAGGAAAAAAAAAAGAAAUAGAUAUAAAAAAAAAUCAACAAGUUAUGAAAAAUAUGUUGAAUAUAAAAAAUAAUGAAAAUAUAGAUGUUUAUAAUGAUAAAGAUAAUUUUAUAAACAUAGAUGAUAAAUGUCAUUCAGGAUAUUUUAAAGAGAAAAUAAAAGAAUAUGAUUAUGUAGAUAAUGAAAAACAAAAAAAUUUGAACAAAAUGAUCCAUCCAAAAGAUAGUAAUAAUAAUAAUAAUAAUAAUAUACUUUUAUCACAAAACGGUAGUACUAUACUCAGUCAUGUGGUACAAGAAGAUUAUCCUGAUGGAAUAAAAAAAUUUAAUAAAAAUUCUUUUUAUAACAAUCUUGAAAAUAGGAAAUUAAUAAAUAUAAAUAAUAUUUAUGAUAAAUAUAAAAUUAUUUUAUCUGAGAUAAAAUCAGGUGAUCAUUUAAAUAAUGUAGAAAAAAAAUUAAAUGUUAUAGAAAACUCAUUAUUAUGUAUCUUCGAUUUACAAGAUGGUGAUAAUAAUAAUGAUGAUGAUGAUGAUGAUGAUGAUCGACAUCAUCAUGAUCAUGAUGGUAAUAAUAUGAAAGGAGAUAAAUUAGAUAUAAAAAAAAAAUUUUCUGAAUUAUUUGACGAUGCAUUAAAUACAUUAAUUGAAAAUUAUGAAGAUGUAAAAAAGAAAGAACAUUCUGAGAAUAUUAAUAAAAAAGGUCAAUUAAAUUUAUUAUGCGAUUUUAAUUUAUAUUUACGAAUUUGUAAAGUGGUUUUAAAUGAUGAAAAACAUAUACAUACUAGUAAUAGAAAAAAUAUGUUAUAUUAUAAUAAUAUAUAUAAAAUUAAUUAUAUUAAAAGUAAUAAUAAAAAUAAGGAUAUUUUAUAUAAUAUUCAUUGUAGAAAUAUUCAUUUAUAUUUAAUCUUAUCAUCACGCGAAGGUAUCGAAAGGAAAAAACAAAUACACAAAUUAAAAGAAAAGGAGGAAAAAGAAAAAAUAUUAAACGAAAAUAUAAACAAAAUACAAAACAAAAAUAAAAGACAAAACCAAUAUUUCAUUGAUAUGGAUAAUAUAUAUAAUACAAAUAAAUUAAGGAACAUAAAUAAUGUUAAUGAUAUAAAACAUAUGUACCAUUUUCAUAAUGAUGAAAACGAUUUGAUUAAUCAAAAACUUUAUUAUGAUGAAAUAGAUUAUACAAAAAAAGGUAUUUUAGAUAAAAUACAUGUGUUAUGGUUUUAUGAAAAAAAGAAUGAAGUACAUUAUCUUCAUUUAUAUAACCUUAACAAUAUUAAUAGUAAAAUGUUAUCUAUUAUUAUAGAUGGAUAUCUUGAAUGUAUAGAUGUUGUAUAUUUAAAUAAUUUUUUUCCUUUAGAAAGUUUUUAUAAUUCUGUUAAAAAUUAUUAUCUUAUGGUUAUAACAGAAAAUUCAUUUUAUUUUUUUAAUAUCCAUUUGUAUUUUAAUUGUGAAGAAGAUUAUAAUAUAUCUGAAAAUGAAAAGUUGAUUUAUCAAAAUAUAUAUCCUUUUUAUUUUAAUAUUUAUUUAUUCUUAUUAUUUAAAGUACCUAAAGAUUCUAAAAUGAAGUUUGAAUAUAUUCGUUCCCAUGAAAAAAGUGAGAGAAUAUUUUUAGUUGUUAAUGAUGGAAAUGUUUAUGAAUUUAUAUAUGAGAAAAAAAAUUUAUUUGAACCAUUAAAUAUAUUUAAAAAUAUUAUAGUUAAUUCUAUGUCUUCUUUAAUUAAUGUAGUUAAUGAAAAAAUUUUUCAUCAAUCGAGAAAUUAUAUGAUAGAAAAUAUAGGAAAUGAUGAUAACAACAGCUCCUUUAAUUAUGAUGAUAAUGGGAAGAGCUCAAUUAACUCGUAUAAUAUUUCUAAUACGUAUCCAGAAUAUAUGGAUAAUAAAUCAUUUAUUGAUGAAUAUAAUAAAAAUAUUUAUUGUGAUGAUUUACAUGAUUAUCCCAUAAAAUUUUAUUUAAAAAAAAUUAUAAGUACUUAUUUUAUUAAAUAUUUUUCUUUCUUUAAAAAUAAAGUCAAAAAAAUAAUUAUAGAUAAUGAAAGAUCCAUUCUAUAUGUAUUAUAUGAAAAUAGUGAUUUAUAUGUAAAAUUGUUGACCAAUAGGGCUGAUAUUAAUAAUAAAAAGAAAAAUUAUUUAUCAGAAACUAUUAUAUUUACGAAAGGUGAUCUAAUAAAAGAGUUGAACAAUAUUUAUUUUAUUGACGAUAUGAACAUUUUGUAUAAUGAUAUGUAUAAUAUGAAUAAUGACUUGUAUUUUAAUACACCAAACAUGAAUAAUAUGAAUAGUAUGAAUAAUAUGAAUAAUGUGAAUAAUAUGAAUAAUAUGGUUAAUAUGAAUAAUAUGGUUAAUAUGAAUAAUGUGAAUAAUAUGGUUAAUAUGAAUAAUAUGCAUAAUAUGCAUAAUAUGGUCAACAUGCAUAAUAUGCAUAAUAUAGUCAAUAUGCAUAACAUGAACACCAACACUAAUAAUAAAUUCGGAUUCGCUCAUAAUAAUAUAGACCCCACAACAUUUCAUAAAUUAAAUAUUAUCGAUAUACACAUAAACCAUAUACAUGAAAGAAAUAAUAUCUUCUUAAAAAUGGUUGAUAAUAAUUUUAACAUAUAUUACUUGUCACUCGUAAAAAAUAUGGAUACUAAUAAUUAUAAGCUUAUUUUAAAAGAUUUUCAAAACUACCCUCAUAAGAAGGGUCUCAAAAUUAAUGACAAGAAGUCGGACGUUAUUUUUACACACCAUUUAAAAAAUCUAUAUAUCAUAUUAAAGAAAAAAAACAUAAAAAAAAAAGAACCUAACAAAGGCGUGGUGCAUAAGGAUGAUGCACAAGCAAAAAAAAAAACAUUCUUCUUUUUUAAUAAGGAUAAAAUGGACAGCCAAAAAAUAAGAAAAACGCAUGCCCACAAACGACGUUCGACAGUUCUUAGGAGGGAUACUAGUAGACGUGUAGAUAAAAACACCCAGGGAAAUGAAACAUAUAAAAUGACGAGUAAACAGAAAAAAGGAAAAAUAAGAAAAAGAGGAGAAGAUGAUGAUGAUGAAGAUGAUGAUGAUGAAGAUGAUGAAGAUGAAGAAGAUGAAGAAGAAGAAGGAAGAAGAAGAAGAAAAAAAAAAAAACAUUCAAGUGAUAAAAAUUUAAAUGAUGAUGAAGAAAGAAAUACUUACCAAGAGGAGGAUCAAGAAGACAGUUAUGAAGAUAUUAGUGAUAAUGCUAGUGAUUAUAAUAAUAAUUAUAAUAAUCCUAAUUUUGAGCAAGAUAACGAAAGCGAAGAAGAAAAGGUGUGCUAUAAAUUAAAAUUAUUAACAUGUGCAGACGAUAUUGGAAACAUUAAACAAAUGUCAAGCUCAAAUAAAAACAAAUUUAUUUUUAAGCAAAUAAACGAAUAUUAUAUUAAUGAAGAAAUUAUUGGGGUUAUUUAUAAAAAAAAAAAUUACUAUUUUCAUGAAUUCUUCGAACAAACUGAAAAUGAUAAUAUUCUUAAAGAUUUUUAUGUUAAUAAAAUGAAACAAGAUAAUAUAUCCAAUAUCAUUGCCAGAAAUGAAAAAAAUCGAUUUCACCUGAACAGUCAGGUAAGAAGUGAACCAAAUUUGAGAACAACCUUGGGUAAUAAUUUGACGAGUACAAAUAUGAUGCCUAAUAGUAUGUCCACAAUGAGUAUUCCCAAUAUGAAUGUUAACAAUAUGAAUGUUAGCAAUAUGAAUAUUCCCAAUAUGAAUGUUAACAAUAUGAAUGUUAACAAUAUGAAUAUUCCCAAUAUGCAUAUACCCAAUAUGAAUAUUCCCAAUAUGAUGCAUGUGGAUAGUCAAAAUAACCUGUACAAUUCAGGUUAUAAUAGCAAACCGUCAGGUAAUCUUUAUGACGAGCGAAAUUUUAUGAAUAUGGGUGAAGUUCGAGAUAAGAUGGAGAGUAUACCUCCCUUUUAUUUAUAUGAAAAUACAGUGAGUGAAUAUCAGGAAUAUUAUGAUUUGAUGAUUAUAACAAAGAAGCAUAUAUAUUAUAUAAGUAAGAAUACAAGGACACAGAAAAUAGAAAAGAUGAUAAAUAAUUACUUACCAUAUAAGAUAUCUUAUGAAAAUCGAAAUAUAGAAAGUGUGGUUUUAAAAGAAAUAAAAAUAAAGGAAUAUGGUAAGAAAAAUCAAGAAGAUUUUUAUAAAAGCAUAAAACAAAAUAUGUUUAUGAAAAUAAAUAAUGACAAGAAUAAUAUAAUAUCAAAGCAGUUGAUUAAUUCUGUAUCAGGUGGUAUACCUAUCGAUAUCCCCCCUUCUCCUACUAGUUUAAUAAAAGAAAAAAAUGAGUAUGAAGAAAUAUAUGAAUAUUUUAUAAAUCAAAUAAUUGAAAUAUCUUCAACAGAAGAAUUUUUAUUUAUUAUAUGGAGCAUUUUAUUAAACCAUGUGUAUAAAUAUGAAAUAAUGUGUUUUAGUAAUAUUCAGAGUUCUAAUCAGAGGGAUAUAAAGAAUAAGUUGAAUGAUGAUAAGAGAAAACAAAAUAUGGAUGCAAUUCAUAAUAUGGAUAAUACAAAUUAUUAUAAUAGUUAUGGUAUUCCAAGAAUGUCUAUGAAUAUUGCAGGAUCUAGUGCAGGACACGAUCGGAAAAAAUUAUUUUUACAAAACUUUAAGAAAAAUGAUAUGAAUAAUAAUAAUAAUAAUGAUGAUGAAUUGUUAAGCCAAAAUGAAGAUGAACAAAAUAUGUUUGAAAAUUCUUAUAUAAAAAAAGACUGGAAUAAUUAUAAUAAUAAUAAUAAUAAUAAUGUAGAUUAUGAUGUGCUAAAUAAGAUAUAUAAAAGAACACCAUUUAAAUUUGGAUUUGUAGAUAAGAGUGCAGAUUAUAUAAUAAAACAAGGAAAGCUACAAAAAGCUAUGGAAUUAGAAAUAAAAACCAGAAAGGUUAAAGGAAUAAACCAUUUAUUUAAUGAUAAUAUUAUUGAUGAUUUAGAAAAUGAAUUAACAAAAAAUGGAGGAAAUAAUAAAAAUGGAGAUUAUAAAAAUAAAAAUGAUAAUGUUAUAGAUAAUGAAAAUAUAUUAUUAAAUGAUGCAGCAUAUUCUAAUUUAUAUAAUGCCUAUCAAAAAAAUUCAUCCAAACAAAAAUUAUUAGAAGCAGAGAGAAAUAAAAGUGGAACCUUUGCAUUUGAGUAUUUAACAAAUAAAAAUUUUGAUAUUGUAUUUUUAAAAAAUUUAAAAUGUUAUAAUAAUUCAUUACAUAUGUUAUCAAGAGGGUUGUUGUUGUUGCUUAGUCGUUUGUUAAAGCCUGUCAUGUUUAUUAACUUGUUUUCUUAUGAAAAAUAUAGGGACGUAAAUGUUUUCAAGUGUUCUAGUAACGUUCCCUAUAAGUCUAGAAAAUAUAUGAAGGUAUCCGAGGCUUCACGAGGAGUUGGGAUUUCAAUUAUUUCAAAAGAAAAGAUCGAAGAAGACGAAGAAGAAAGCUUUUACAAUAUGAAAGAUUUUUGCAUUAUUCGGAUGAGCGAUUAUAUGUAUUCAAGAAGAAAGAGGAAAAGGAAUAUAUUAGAAGAUGAUAGUAAUAUGUUGAUAUUAACAGGAAACCUGCCUUUAGAUUUUUGUUUGAAUUUAGUCGAGAAAUUAAAAUGUUUAAGUUUAUGUGUUAGUAUAGUUUUACGAAGUUUAAUAAAAAAGAAGAAUGAAUAUACAACUAAGAUAAAGAAUAUAAAAGAUGUAUCCAUAAUAAAUUUAUAUUAUGAUUAUACGUUAAUUAUGAUAAAUGAGAUAAAUGAGUUUUAUUCUAUAUUAAAUUUUAUAAACUUUAGUAUUGAAUAUAUGUUAAUAUAUUGUAUAAUAAUAUGUGAUUAUUAUAAAAAUAAAAGUAUAAUAAAAAAAAAAAAUAUAGGAAAUAAGAAAAAUUAUAUAUAUUUAUCUAGUACAUUAUUUGAUUUAUUAAUUAAAUGUAAUUUUAUGAGAACAUAUUUAAGUUCAACCUAUCGAAAUAUAUUAAAACAAUGUUUGUUUAAUAUAAUAAGAUCCGGGAAAUAUAUACCUAUAGAAUUUUUUCAAGGAUACAUAAUACAUAAGAAUGAAUUUUUAGCUUUGUUUUUAACAAAAAGAAUUGAAGAAGAAGUUUUUUUAAAGAAAAAAAUGAAAGUAAAAGAAUAUUAUGAUUAUAAUAAUAAUAAUAAUAAUAAUAAAAGCAAGACCGAUAAUAAUUUAUUAACACAUCAUCAUAAGUAUGGUGAUUUUAUGGCUUCAUCCGAAAAGCGAGCUGAACAUUUUAUAAAUGAAAAUUUAAAAAAUGCUAUGAUAAGUAUAAAUAUUUACAAAUUGAUUAUUUUAUUAUAUAAAGCUGAUUAUUAUCGUUGUACUAGUACAUUAAUAUGUUUAUUUAUUGAUUCCUUUUAUAAGACAUUAGGAGGAGAUAAACAUAAGAAUUUAAUUCUUAAGGAUGAAGUUAUUACAGAUACCAAACAAGGAAAACACGAUGUGAAGAAGAAAAAUAACAUGGAUAUAAAUAUUACUAUUAAUAAUAAUGAUAAAAUAUAUAAUGAUAAUACUGUGAAUGUGUAUAAUAAUUCUUAUAAUAUUUUUUCAAAUGAUCUAAUGAAUGACAAAAGAAAAAAUGUUAAAGUACUAGAAAAGCACUUGAAAAUGCUAUGCGAUAAUUUUUUUAAUUUAGAAGAAUUUUAUUCGAGUAAUAUUAUAAUUAAUAAUAUGGAUAUUGAAUAUACUUAUGAUUAUUUUAUUUUAUAUGAGAAAUGUUUUUUACCUAUAGAAAGGAUAGUUCAUGUAAAUUAUUUGAAAUAUUUAUAUAAGAAUAAUGAAAGGAAAAAAAAUAAAAUUCGUAAAUUUCUUAUAACAUUAUUAGAAUAUUCUAGAGAUAUAAAUUUUCAUUUUUUUAUUUUUAAUUUAAUAUUAUAUAAAUGUAAAAAUGAGUUUCCUUGUCCUAUAUUUGAAUUACACAUUUCUCAAUAUUUAUAUUUCUUUGUAAAAUUAAAUGAACUUAAUAUUAAAGAUGCUUAUAUAUAUUAUUUUAAUAACUUCAAGUAUCAAGAUAUGAUUAUAUAUUUUUCUAGAAAGGCAUUUUAUCCAUGGGAAACCAAUGUAGAACAACAAAAAAAACAAACCUUAUCAUAUAUAUAUAAUGACAAAAUAAAGGAAACCAAAAAGAAUAAUAGUUAUUAUGAAAUGAAUAAUCGUAUAUAUAUGGAUGAACAGGGAUAUACAGAUAUAGAAAAUGAACGUUUAAAAAAAAAAAAAAAAAAUAAACGAUUGAAUGAAAGAUGUGGUACAAAUACAUUGGAUGAUGCUAUUGUAAGUGAUUAUGGAAAUAGUUAUGAUAAAUAUAAUACUAGUAUGAAUAAUAGAAAGAGUUAUAUAAAUGAGAUGAAAAAGAAACAGAAUAAUAAAAAAAAAAACAUGUUAUUUGUAGAUGGAAAAAAUAUGGAAGGAAUAGGAAGAGAAAAUAAAAAUAUGAAUAAUAUUAUUUAUAAUAGUUCAUAUAGUAAUAUAAAUAAUGAUAUAUAUAGUGUUGAUAAUAUGACAUCUGUUAAUAAUACAAAAUAUUUAUCAGGAGUCCCAAGCUAUGCUCAUGUACUUAUUAGUAAACAAGUAAAUGAAUAUUAUCAAGGUUUACCUAAUUAUAAUAAUAAAAUGAUGAUGAUAAAAGGUUCCCAUAUAAUUAAUGAAUUACCAAGGAAUAAUUAUAUAUAUGAAAAUAAUUAUAUAGGAGAAAAUUAUCUUAUGACGAAUCCAUUAUAUAAUAAAGAGACUAAAGAUAUUUUUUAUACAAUAUAUAAAUAUUUAUUUAAAAUGAUUUCUUAUCCUAGUUUAAAAAAGAGAAUGGAAUUUAUUGAUAAUUGUAUGAAGACCAAAAUAUUCGUCAUUCGUAAAAUGUGUAAUUUUAAAAAUAAACCAUUUUCUUCUAUUAAAAAGAAUAAUAAAAUGAACAGAGAUAGUAGUCAUGUUGAUAAUAUCUCAUCGUAUUAUAAUGAUGAUGGUGAUGAUAAAGGUUUAAAAAAAAAAAAGAAGAGAGAAGAAAUAGGAUUAGGAGGAAUUAGAAUAAGAAAUGAUGUUGAUAAGAACAGAACACAUGAUGAUACUAUAGAUGAAAAAUAUAAGAAUAAUAGAAAUUAUUUAUUUUUUAAUGAUGUAGAUGUUUUAUAUAAUAAAGAGCAACUUGGACAUUAUAUGAAUAGUUUAGAUGAUAAUAAUGAUAAUAUAAUACGACGUUCGCAUGUUUCGUCAUGUUCUUAUCGAAGAGCACAUAAUAAUAUAAAAUAUGAAAUAAAAGAAGGAGGUAGCGAUAAUAUAUAUACAAGUAAUAUAAAAAGGAAUAAGAAGAAAAUAAAAAAUAUUGAAGAAAUUUUUAAUAUUAAUAGUAUGUUAAAUAAAGAAGCUUUAAAAAAUUAUUAUACAGUAGAUAAAACAAUAUUAUAUGAUGAAUCAUUUAGUAAAUUAUUAAAAGGUAUCUUUGAAAAAAAUAAAUGUUUAUUUAAAUUAAAAGAAAACUAUUGGUCGAAACAAAAUUCAUAUUAUUUACAUUUAAAAGAUAUAAAAAAAUGUCGAACAUGUUUAAAUUAUCAAAGAUUAUUAUUUCAUGAGAUUAUUAAUUUAUUUGUUUUUUAUGUUUAUAAAUUUUGUAAUUGGGAUGUUUUAAAAAAUUAUUUCGAUAUAUUAAUAAAUGGUUCUGAAGAAGCUAUUAUAAAGGUUUUAGAACAUUUUCGAAAUAUUAAUAAGGAACAAAUAGAUGUAAUUAAAAAAUCAUAUAAUAAUAUGUAUGAAUAUUUAUCGAAAAGUAAAUAUGAGCAUAUAGAUGAUAUUAUAAAUGAUUAUAAUAACAAAAUUAAUAAUAUGGAACGUAAAAUAAAUAUCCAUCGUAUUAUUAAUAUUAUAGAUACGUUUAAAGAAUAUUUAUUAUUAAUACAACAAGAAAUACAUACAAAAGAAGGAUUAAAAAAUCAUAUAUAUGGAAACAGUAAAAUAUUAUUUAAGAACUUCUUACCAUCAUUUAAUUUAUUAAAAUUAAUAAUAUUGUGUGAUAAGAAAAAAGAAAAAAUUGAAAAUUUGAACACGAAUUGCUUUUCAACAGUAAAUAAUAUGUUAAGAAAUGAUAUGAUUAAAGGAAGUACAUUUUAUUUUUCAAAAUAUUCUUAUUGUUUUGAACGAUUAUUAGAUUAUGCUUUCUCAUUAACAAUUACUUUUGAAAACAUUAAUUUUAUUAUUAAUUAUAUAGGAGAUGUUUUAAAAUUAUAUCAAGUGGAUUUUAAAAAUUCCUUAUAUCUUUUAGUUAUUAUAAAAUUACAUAAAUUUAUAAAUAACUUAUUUGAAAUAACAAAAGUAAGAGAAAUACUUAAAACAAAAGUAAGCAUAUUAAAAAAUAAUAAAUAUUAUGAACGUAUUAAAUUAUUAUAUCUUUUAAAUUGUAUUCCUCUUAUAUAUCUAGACCCACAUAUGAAUGUUAUAUUAAUAAACGAAUCAUAUGAAUACAAAAUGAAUGAUGAUGAUAAAAUCAUCUUUUCUAAGUUAUCACCAUUUUCUCUAGUAAGUAAGGUAGUAAACCAUAAAUUGAGAAGUGUAUAUACAUAUCAUGACUACACCGAUAAUUUGGAAAAUGAAGAAGAUAUACACAAAAACAAAACAUCCAACUCUAUAAAUGAUGAUACAAAAAAGAAAAAUGAUGAUCAUAUGUCGUAUGAUGAUUCUUCAUCAAAUUAUCCAAAAGAUAUAUCAUAUGAUACAUGUGGUGUAUAUAAUACAUAUGAUGUAUAUAAUACAUAUGAUGCAUAUAAUACAUAUAAUGCAUAUAAUACAUAUAAUACAUCUGAGGGUUCAUGCCGUGAUCAUAAUGACAAUGGUAGUCGUCCUAAUGAUGUUAAGCAAAUGAAGGAAAAGGGCAUCCCAAACGUAUCGAAGGAAAAACAAAAAAAAAAUGAAAAUGUAAAUAUAAAGAAACAUAUAAGUAAAAAUAAUGAAAAUGACGAAUCCUAUAAUAUUCAUAAUAAAAUAAAGAAGGAUAAUAUAGCUAUUGAUAAGGAUGAUAGGAAAACAUUAUAUUAUUUAUAUAAUGUAAAUUAUUGUUUUAAUGAUCAAACGAAUAAUAAUAAUAUGAACAAUUCAGCUAUAUUUUGUAAUGGUCAUAAUCCAGAAUUGGUUGUUUUAAGUUAUAAAAAUUAUUGUUUUUAUAUUGUAUGGAUUUCUAAUUUAUUAUUAAAUCAUAAAAUAGAAUAUGAAUCAUUAAUAUAUGUAUAUUUAAAAAUAUAUAAUAAUACAAAACAUCAAAAAGCAUCAUUAUUAGAAGAACAUGAAAUUACCAUUAUUUUAUAUUAUUUAUUUACUAUGUGGAUUAAUGGAGAUAAAAAUAAUUCCUCUUUUUUCUUUUAUAAUGAAGAAAAAAGUUAUCAUGAAAAAAAUAAUCUUGGCUACUUUUUAAAAGAUACUUAUGGAAAUUUACAAUAUAUAAAUAAUUAUUCUUUAAUUACAUUAUUAAAAGAAUUAUUAUCAAGAGCAGAAUUUUAUUUUGAAUAUACAUCAGAUGCAGCAUCAAGAAAUUACGAUAUUAGUUGUAUAAUUCUUGAUCCUUCUAUAUAUGAUAAUGAAAAAGUAAAAAAAUCGUCAGUAGAUAUUCUAAAAAAAUUCUUUGAUAAUAUAUACAUAACAUUUAAUGAUGUUCUUAUUAAAAUACCAUUCUUAAAUCAAAUUUUGGAAUUCCAAAAAAUACACGAAUUCUUAAAGAAGUUUAAAAUAUAUCUCGAUGAAAUUAUUUGUCGCAUAACAUUGACCGAGGGAAACUAUAUCUAA